AUGAGAGUAUCAUGUACAGCAGAGGCAACAGCAUUUGAAUCUUUUGAAUGUUCAAACUCCAGCCACACAUAUGACGUCACAUUUGCAGAAGAAAGAUGGGAUUUCGAAUUUCCAGCCACGAUGGAACACCUCUAUAGGCAUAGUUGCUUCGACGAUAGAAAAUUCGACCUGUUCAUCCCUCGAGUUUGGGUAGUACUAAAGAGAUACGCCACGUUUCUAGGUGUCAAUCCGUCACCUAACACCGCCAAUGCUGAUGUUCAAGACACGCAACAGAGUCUGCCGGUUACAGUCUUUGAGUGUCUCAACAGAGCCUUUGGUGUCACCUUCGAAUGUUUUGCAUCACCUCUAAAUUGUUAUUUUAGACAGUACUGUUCGGCGUUCGCCGAUUGUGAUUCUUAUUUCGGAAGUAGGGGCUCAUUUCUCAAGCUGAAGGCAGUUUCGGGCUCAUUCGAAGCGAACCCCCCGUACUGCGAAGAACUAAUGGAAGCGUCCGUGGACCAUAUGGAACGGUUAUUAAGCGACAGUCCGGAACCUUUAAGUUUUAUAGUUUUAAUGCCCGAUUACAGGGAACCCACCCCCGUUGCAUUGCAGAGGCUCGAAACGAGCCAGUUUAAAAGGAGACAGGUAAUCGUGCCGGCGUACGAGCACGAAUUUAGGCAUGGAUUUCAACACGUACUAAGCAAAUCGGAGAUGAACGUCCGUUCAGUUCACGCCACUGUCAUCGUCUGGUUGCAAAAUUCGGCCGGCCAUCAGCGAUGGGAACCGUCGGAAGACCGAGUGCAAGCCCUUUUAGAAGCAUUUAGACCUGGUAGGGAGCGCGAGCGUGAUAGACAAGAACUUUUGAGUCCCACACGACAGGGAAGCACGUCAGAUAGUAAAGAUGUCGUGGUGCACUGAUAAUUUUUAUUUGAUAAAUUUUUAUUUUGACAUGGUUUAUCCUAU